AUGAAUCGUGUUAUGCUUGUCUUAGUACUAUGCAUAUACUUAACUUUUGCACAAUGUUAUAAAGAUGGAACAGUCACAAUAAAAAAUAUAGAUUCAUGUAAAACACCAAGUCAAGGUAUUGGAGAUGUAGCUCUUGAACAAAGAGAUGGUGUUGAAGAUUAUAAUGGAUUUAGUUGGACACGAAUUUUAUUGAAAACAGGUUCAAAAACACCAAUACUUAAUAUUUAUGAUUCAUCAAAUGAAAGAUUUUUACUUCAAUAUGAUAAUCGUGAAAUUAUUACAACAACAGUGAAUUUCUAUCUUCAAUCUAGUAAUUGUCAAUGGGCACUUUAUAAUAAUGGUAGGUUAUUGAAUCCUUUGAAUUUUUACUUUUAUCCUGAAUUUGAAAUAUCUGACUCUAAACCAUUUAUUUUUGCUCCUCAUGGAGAAGGAACUUUUGUUAAUAAAAAUUCUAAUUAUAUCACAAUUGAAUUUGACUAUUGGGACUAUAACAAAGCACGUGUUUCAGGGAAGAUUAGAUUGUUUAUCGUUUCACGUUAUCAAUCAAAUUAUGUAGGUCAUGUUUUGACAACAACAGACUCAAAUGUAAUUAUGAGACCAAAUUAUCCAAACCAAGUUAUGUGCACAUUAAAGAAUGGAGCAAAAAGAUUUGGAUACAAUGGUGGAGAUAAGAAUGAGGUUAAAGAAGAUUGUACAUGUACAUCAGUUGAUGGAAAAUGGGAUAAAGAUGAUUGCACAGAGUUUUUACAGUAUUUCCAAGUUGUUGUUGAUUGUGAGUAUACAACAUCUAUAAAUGAACAUUAUGGAGGAUAUGCUUUCAAAGGAUGUAAAGAAAAUCAAUUACCAAUUGUUACUAUUCCUGAAUCAUCAACAGUAAUAUUAGAAGAUAUGAAAAUUAAAGAGAAUGGUGUUCAUUUUGAAGUUAGUGGAAAAUUAACUAUCAGUUUAACUAUUCCAUCAAGUUAUCCACAAAUUUUACUCAACGAAGUUGGGUCUGGAACAAUCACAGUUAGUAGUGUUACUGUAGAAAGUGAUAUUCCAUUUGACCAGUUAUUAUUUAUAAGUAACAGUGAUAGUAUUACUGCUAUUGGUUUAACAGGAUAUUGUAGUGGAGGAUCGUAUAGACGAUAUGCUAAAGAAGGUUCUAACGAAGAAGUGAUGUGUGACUGCCAUUUCAAUGAGAAUAUUUCAGGUGAUUAUUACAUUGAAGUUGAUUGUGAAAAAGAUUCUGAGUAUAGAAAUUUAAUAUUGCCUACAACACGUGAAAUUACUGCAUCUCGAACAUGGAAGUCAUUGGUAACUCAGUCAAUAUUUGACAUUUCAGGUAAAUACAAGUUAAAAGCUGGUUCAAUGACAAUAACUUGUUCAGGAACUAUUAAAACACCAGUAGAAGUUACAACACUUACAAGUAAUAAAAAGAAUGGAAUAGUGUUUUUUGGAGAAUUGACAGUAACAACAAUAAACACUGAUAUUACAAAUGACGUUGUAUUACUUUCAUCAUCAAGUAAUGUUGGUUCAUUAUCAAAAAGUUGUGAUGGAAAGAUUAAUGGGUCAAGUAGGUUCUACACUGGAACAGAUCCAAAAUGUAAUUGUGAAUAUUCUAAAAAUUCUUUCAAACAAAGAGAUUGUUAUCUGUUACCUAAAUAUCAAGAAUUAUACUUUUCUUUGGUUACUUCAAGUUAUAAAUCAAUAAGAAAAGAGUAUUAUUCAAAUAUUAUAUCUACUUCAUCAUUCUCAUUGAGUGGUUCUGAAACAUUAACUAUCCAGAGUUGUGAUUUUUCAUCAUUAAAGAGUGUCACAAUUGAAUCUUCUUUGUACUGUAAAGUAAUGAAUGUUGCAAAAACAACAAAAAUAAAAGUUUCUGCACUAAUCACAAUUGAAAUGUACAAUAUCCCAUCAGAAAAGUAUAUCAACGAUGGUGCUAUUAUCAGUGUUACUUCUCCAGAGUAUUUAUUAAUUAAAACAGUUUCUGGAAAUGUAUGUUCUGACAUUGCCUCAUCCACAAAACCAUUCAAUUCAGACACGUAUAAAGCAGUACAAGGAUGUACUUUAUUGUCAAACAACAAACUAUUAAGAUAUUGCCCUACUUCUAAUACUGAAGACACUGUCAAAUGUUCUAUGAAAGGUUCUGACUAUACAACAUCUUCUUCUUUCGACAAAGAAUAUUGUCCAUGCGAAUCAGCUAAUUGCUACAUAUAUCCAACAACAACAUCUAUUGAUUUAAAAUUAAAAUCAAUGGAAAACAACUUUGUUAUUGGAGGUACUUCUCUUACAAAAGAAAUAACUAAUCUAAAAACCAUCACCGCUUUAAUUAUUACAUCAGACUCAAAAAAUAUUAAUAUUUUAUCAACGGAAACAGCUCAUUUUCAGUCAUUAAUUGUUGAUGGAAAAAGUAAUACCAUUUCACUCGGUCAUUCAUCUAGUUUAAUUAGUAUAAAUAAAAUUAGUGUUAAUUCUGAACAUAAUCAAGUCAGUGUAUAUGCUCAAUCAAUUUCUUCAAUAUAUUCUAAAACAACAAACAUAAUUCAUAUUAUUAGCCCAAAUGAUGUUAAUGUUAAUUCUAUGACAUAUGGAACAACAACAUUCAAUUCUGUAACAAGCAAAGACAUACUUAUAUCCAAUGAAGGGUCUGAAAUUUCAUUGACUUCCGAGGCUAAAAUAAAUUCUAUUAGUACAGAUGCUGUGACUUUACAAUUCAAUUCUAAAGUGAUAAUUAACUCAAUAAACCCAACAGCAAAAGGAGUUUUAAUCAAAUUAUAUAAAAGUGAAAGUGAAAUUAAGUUAUCUACAGGAACAUACUUAUACACUGUCUAUUGUCCUUCAGCAAUAAACAUUAAAAUAGGAAUGGAAAGUAAAACCCCAAUUUCACUUGAAUCUUAUGGAACAGUUGAAUUUACAUCAUCAACAAUCACCCUUGAUACAGUUAAUUCAGGACCUUCAUCAAAUCUCAUCAUUGGAAGUGAUGUCACAACAUUCACCCUCAAUAAAAUUAUAACCAAAAAAACAUAUGGAGAGAUAUUUACAUUAUCUCCUUCAACAAAUCAACUCACUAUUAACCUUGCACCAGACUAUAGUUCUAGUAUUACUAACCCAAUGAUCUUAUUCUAUACUAGAGCUCGAAGGGUUAAUGUUGAUAAACAGUGUGAUGGAGUUGCAGUCCUUUCAGGAAGUUAUUCUGACGAAAUUACAACAUGUAAAACACUUGGGCUGUAUAACAGAGAGUGUAAACUGACUGAUUCAGGUUAUAUCUACAAUGGUUUCAUUGAUUACUCAUGUCCAUGUUCAUCUACAAAAUCAAAUUGUGAAAUAUCAUUAUUUUCAUCUCAUUCUACUUACCAAUAUCCUACUGGACUCCAACCAACCACAUUAAUACUAGAAAGUGACACAGCACUAACAUCAAUAAACAACGUUAUGUUUAUUCUUCAAACAAAUUUAUAUUCAUUAACACUCUCAGGAAAUAAUUCAGUAGUUUCAAUAAGUUCUUCUGAUAUUUCUUCUAUUCUAUUAACAGUUACUUCAUUAGAGAAUGGAUUUAUUCUUCAUUCACAAAUAAAGUCAAUGACAAUUAAUACAAAAGCAUUAUUGAAAUCAACAAGUAAGAGUUAUGAGUUACUUUUAGGAGAAACUACUUCAUUAUGUGAUUAUUAUUUAUUCAAAGAAGGAUAUGCCCUUUGUCAGAAAUGUAAAGAAGGAUAUAUUCUUAUUAACAACGCUUGCUAUAUAUCUACAGAUAUUCAACAUUGUACAAAUUAUGUUAAAACAACAUCUGAAAUAAAAUGUCGAGAAUGUUCAUAUGGUUAUUAUUGGAAGGAUGGAAGUUGUUCUAAAUGUUCUGAAAGUAAUUGUAUUGUUUGUAAAGAUAAUGAUGGUACAUGCAUUGAAUGUACCGAAGGAUAUAAGCUAAUAAAUGGUGUGUGCACUGCUGUCACUCCUGAAAUUACAAGCUGCCUUUAUUUCAAAGAAUAUUGUUAUAAAUGUUCUAAUUCUCUAUCAGUGUUAUUUGGGUCUGCUAAUUAUUGUGGGGGAUGUGACAGUAAAUGUUCAAAUUGUAAAGUUACUACUGACCAAUGUAUUACAUGUAACAUAAAUAAAAAAUAUAUGUCAGUAUCAGGAGAGUGUUCUCUCAUUCAGACAGCCGAUUUAGUUUCUAAUAACAACAUUAUUUCAUGUAAAUCUAACUAUUAUUUAACUUCUGGAGAAUGUGUGUCUUGUUCAAAGAAAUUUAAAGAUUGCAGUAUAUGCACUGAAAAAACAUGCAUUACUUGCUCUUCUCCCAAUGCAUAUAUUACUAAAGAUGGAUCAUGUGAAGUAGAUCAGAAUUGUAAAAUAUAUGAAAAUAACCAAUGUUCUGUUUGUAAAGAUGGAUAUUUCAAAACAUCAGAAGGAGUUUGCUCUAGCUGUACAACUGGUUGUAAUAAAUGUAAAGAUUCUAGUCUUUGUCUUGAAUGUAGUGACUCAUAUUAUCUAACAACCAUGGGAAAAUGUGUAGCCAAUGAAUUACCAAAUUGUGAACUUAGUUCCAAAAAAGGAUGUACUCGUUGUUUUGAUCACUUUUAUCUUGACUCAAAUGGAAAUUGUCAAGAAUGCAAUAAAACAUGUCUAACAUGUUUUAAAAAUGCCUCUUUUUGUACUUCAUGCCAAUCAGACUAUUACUUGGAUCAAAAUACAUGUAUUACUGAUAAUGGUAAAUCUGGUAAAUGCUCACACAUAUUACCAGGAGGUAAAUGUGCUAUUUGCAAAGUUGGUUAUUAUAACUUAAAUAGUGAUUGCUAUGAAUGUUCAGAAAACUGUACCACAUGUCAGCGAGAUGCUAAUAGUUGUAUUGAAUGUGGAGAAAAUUAUUAUCAUUCAUCAUCACAAAAUAAAUGUUUAUCACAAGAUGACCUUGUUUAUUGUAUUUCAAAAAAUUCAUGGGGUUGUUCUAAAUGUCUUGACGGAACAUACAUGUACAAUGGUGAGUGUUAUUUAUGUUCAGAUAAUUGUAUGAAUUGUAUAUGGUCAAAUAUUUGUAGCUCUUGUGACUAUGGGAAAGUAUUGAGAAAUGGAAAGUGUAUACCAUUAGAAGCUGUUGUUAAUUGUAUAGAAACAUCAAAUGGUAAAUGCUCUAAAUGUUCAUUAAAUUAUAAACCAACCGAACUUGGAGAUUAUUGUGAAUUUCACUUAAAUGUUUUAAUUGUUAUUCUUCCAAUUAUUGGAUUUAUUAUUAUUUUAAUUGUCAUUCUUUGUAUGGCUAUUAUUCUCAUUAAUUCUAUUACUAGAUACACUGCAAAUAAACAACGAGAAAAAGAAUUUACUUCAUUCAAAAUGUCUAGUUCAUCAAUUCAUUUUGUUCCAUUAUCAAAUGGAAGCUGUUUGACAACAAGUAUGAGCGAAAUAAACUUUACUGAAAAUAAUGUAAUUCCUGUAGGACAAGAAACUAAAACAUUAUUAUGUAUUGGAAAUACAAAUAAAGCUAUAAUGAAAGUACAAAUUACUAAUAAAACUGAUUGUGAAAGUAAAUAUGGAAUAAGAAGUGAGCCACAACUUGCUUUUAUAAAACCAGGAAAUGCAGUAGAGUUUAAUUUAUUUGUCAAGCCAUAUUGUACUUGUAAAGUUGAUGAUCCUAUUCUUAUUGUUUCUUCAGAUGUUAAAAAGAGUAAAGAAAAAACGUAUCAACUUCAUGUAAUAUUUGAAACAGAACUAUCAACACGGCUUGACCCAGAUGAUAUUAAAGAAGAAAAGAAAAUAGGAGAAGGAACAUUUGGAAUAGUAUAUCUUGGAAUAUUCAGAGGAAAUAAAGUAGCAAUUAAAAAAAUGAAACAGAUUGAUAAAAAUGAAAAUAAAAUGACAGAAUUUGAGAAAGAAGUGAUGAUGUUAGAUAAGUUUAGAAGUGACUAUAUCAUUCAUUUUUAUGGAGCAGUAUUUAUUCCUAAUAAAAUAUGUAUGGUAACAGAAUAUGCAGAAUAUGGGUCACUACAAGAUGUGUUAAUUAAAAAAACUGAAAAUGAAAUACCAAUGAGUCUAAGAUUGAAAUUUAUGAUAGAUUCUGCAAAAGGAAUUGAGUACCUUCAUUCAAAUGGAAUAUUACAUCGAGAUAUUAAACCAGAUAAUAUUCUUAUUGUAUCACUUGAUAAUGGUAUUGAAGUUAAUUGUAAAUUAACAGACUUUGGAGCAUCCAGAAAUAUUAAUAUGAUGAUGACAAAUAUGACAUUUACCAAAGGAAUAGGAUCACCAAAAUAUAUGGCACCUGAAGUAUUAAAUCGAGAACAUUAUAAAAUGCCAUCAGACAUAUACUCUUUUGCAGUCACAAUGUUACAAUGUUUUACAUGGGAAGAUCCAUUUCCUAAAACACAAUUCAAAUUUGCUUGGGACAUAGCUGAUUUAGUAGCUAAUGGAAAAAGAACAAAUCAAAUUGAAAGAGUAACAAAUCCACAAAUUAAAAACUUGAUUGUUAGAAGUUGGGAACAAGAUACAAGAAAAAGACUUAAUAUUAAUGAUAUUUUAAGUGGAUUAAAAACUAUAGACAUUGCAAAUUAA